AUGCGCUUGUUUGUCUUGCUUCCAUUGGCAGCUGCUGCCGUGCCGGCAUUUGCUGACACUCAUUACUUCUUCUCUGGUUUCUUUUCCGGCAACACCAUCGUAGGUGUCGAGUUUGAUGAUGAGAAGUCUUCCCUCACUCUCGUAAACAACAUCACGACUGAUGCGGCAUCGGGAUCGAAAUGGAUUGCGCUCGAUUCUCGUCUGAAAAACUUGUAUGUGGGCACUACGGGCUACUUUCAGAGCUAUACCAUCACCGAGGAUCUCGGCCUGAAGUACAGUAGUAACGUUAGCUUGCCGUCUGGCUGCUCAAACGCCAACUUCAUCACUUCUUCCACCUCUUCUCCCUACACCGUUUUUGGCACCCCGUACGGAGGUGGUUGUUCCACACUGGCCAUCACCGUCGAUGACAAUGGCGUGCUCAAAGAGGCGACCGCAAAUGUUACUUACAACAGUGCCGGUGGCGUUCAUGGUACUGGUUUGAGUGCCAACAACGACUUUAUCUACUCAGCCGAUGAUAUGGGCAACGCCGUUUGGUCGCACUCAUACGACAAGACUACUGGUAACGUUGCUGAGUUACAGUACCUCCCCGCAGCCAGCGGCUCCAAUCCCCGUCAUCUGACGGUCCAUCCCAAUGGAAACUGGGUUUAUGUUGUUUAUGAAGAGGCCAACUCUAUUGCUUCCUACAAGCGUGAUACUACUACUGGCGAGCUGAGUUUUACUAACACAACCUACUCGCUUCUGCCUCACGGAUUUACUAACUCCUCUUCCUACUGGGCUGAUGAAGUCCUCUUCUCCAUCCCCAGCAGCAAUGCUAGCGCUACCUCGCCGAAAUACCUCAUCGCUGCCACACGAUCUCGUACCAAGGGCAUCCCAGGCUAUGUCUCUGCGUUCUCUCUCGAUAGUACCACCGGUGCCAUCGGGGAGCAGCUCUUCCUUACCCCCACGACCAACAGCGGCGGAUCCGCCAACGCGGUGUCGCCGGCCAAGUUCAGCGAGGACUACUUUGCCAUUACGGAUAGCGGCUCAAACUUUUUGGAGGUGUGGAAGAUUGACGCCGGCGAAUCUGCCACUACGGCGUCGGCUGUCGCUCACCUUGAUCUGGCCUCGGGCCCGGCCAAUGUUGUUUGGUACAGCUAG